AUGCUUGCCGGUUACCCUCGUUCUACCACGGAAGCGCCUUCGGGAUUUAUCAAAAGAUUCUCGCAGGGAAGGUCGACUUUCCUCGAUAUUUCGAUGUUAACAGUAAGGACCUCAUCAAGCGGCUGCUCACACAAGACCUUUCCAAGCGGUAUGGUUGUCUCAAGAACGGUGCCGAGGAUAUCAAAAAGCACAAAUGGUUUAAAGAUGUCGAUUGGGCCAAAGUAUUCACACGAGAGUUACCACCCCCUUAUGUACCGAAA